AUGGAGGUUUUGUGUAAUGGUAGACAAUGCGUGAUCGAAUUCCAUGGUUCUGUGGUGACGUGCACGCCCAAAGACGACGAAAAUAGGGAGGCUGAACCUGAUGUCUUCACGAUAACCGAAAUUACGCAGCUCCUGCGCUCUCGGAGGGAUAGUUGCGCAGCCAAGGUUAUUGUGGGUUCAAGGACUUUUGUCAUGCGGUUCGUAAACGCACGGGAGCGAGAGCAGUUUGUCAAGAAUGUGCGGCUUGUGGAUGGGACCGAGGGUAGCAAUGUGCAAUGGGUGACAUCUGCCAUUUGUGACGCCGCUGUCGACACAGGUGUUUUGUCUGAAGAAGAUUUGGACCUUAUAAUGAAGGAGGAGUGCCCACGAGGUGUUGUCACUGCCUUCGAUGCAAUUGGCUCACUUGUCGACCCCGUAACCUUCAAGCUCCGCCCCAUUACGGAGCAACUCACCAACGACAUAUUCCGCCAAAUACCUGUCCUUGCCAAGAUUUUUGGCCGGCAUGUGACCGAUGAGGAGACGAUGGUGCGCUUUUGGGAGGCCGUUGUAAGAAAGUAUUUUUGCUUUUCUCGGACAUUCUUGGAGGAAGAGAUACGGGCGCUUGAUGAUGAAGGGUGUAGUGGUGCGACUGAACCGGGAUCCAACAGUGAGGAAGAUGCAUUACAGAACAUCAACGUAGCAUCAGAACGGGCACUGCCAAAGUUCAGUUCACACCUCCGUCACAACACGGUCCCUGUGGGGGAAGCACCUUGUGAACAACGUCAGCCGCCUCAUGCACAUUUUUUCCGUGGGCGUCCGUCGUCUGCAAGUUCUUCCAGACGCUGGCAAUGCACUGUGCAGCCCUGUCAGGCAUAUGCGGGGGUGCAGUGUCCGCCUUCUGUUUCGCGGGAGUUACCCAAAAGCACAAGCAGGGACGUUCUUGAGGUGUUGAAAAAGUUCUGGGGAGGCGACACAAAGCACCGUAAGGCGCUGCGCUCAAAACUGGAGGGAUUGAAAAAGGUUGCUAGUAACAAUGUGCUGCAACGCAGUUGUUUGGAUCGGACAACAAAGUUCCUUGACGAAAUAGACGCUGAGCAUGGGGGAGCUACGCCUGCCAAGUAG